CUUGUUUUGCAUAGAAUUGCUGGAGUAAAUUAAUUUUUAUCUGUGAUUUUUUGAGCCCAAGCUGGCGCUUGUGGCGUCGUAACAUGGCUAAUCUUCUCUGGUGGAGGAGAAGUGCAAGCUAUGGUGCAAAUCAAGACAGUGCCGAUGGGCUAUCUUAUCAACUGAAUGGAAGAGCAACUCACCGCACUGUAUCAGUAGAUGAUUCGCUGUAUGUGUGGGGUGGUGAUCAGGAUGAUUUACCUAAAGUACAUGAUAAUGAAGAGAAGACAAGGAUCACUAGUACUAUACAGCACUUUACUCCUUUAACUGGUCAAUGGGUCACUAGAGAUACUACUGGUACUCCUCCAUUAGGAAUCAUUGCAUACUGCAGUACUGCAAUAAAUGAUCUAUUGUAUUAUUUUGGGGGUUAUUGUAGCCAUGACAACUGCUGUCACAACAGUAUUACACAACUGGAUACCGUUAGUCUUCAAUGGACAGAAAUAGAACCAACUGAUGCAACUAGACCAGUUAUGAGGAGAGGUCAUGGUGGAAUGAUAUCAUUUGAACAUGAUGGAGUACACCAUUUACUAAUGAUAGGAGGAAUAGGAUCUAAACCAGCUGUACAACUACCUCAUUAUGAAUAUAUUAAGUUCACUGGUGGAAGAUGGCAUACUAAUGAGCACUCAAUAUAUGAUACAUCAUCAAGAAAAUGGAGUACUCCUUCAAUCAUUGGUCAGUGUAUACCACCUGCUUAUGGUUUCAUCGUUGAAAAAAUCAACAACACUAGAGCUGUUCUGUUUGGUGGACUAGGGACUGAUGAUGAUGCUAAGACUACUGCUAAUAGCAACAUUUAUGUAUUAGAGAUAUCAAUCAGCACUGUGUUCUGGCAGUGUAUAAAGAAACCUGAAGCAAUAGACCAAUGGCCUGUAGGUAGAUAUUAUCAUGCAGGUGCUAUUAUAACUGGAUCAGACUGUCCUAUGCUAGUGAUAAGUGGUGGGUGGGAUAAGAAUAAUGAUACAUUAGAUGAUUGUUGGAUCUUAAACAUCACUCAACAUUCCUGGAUAAAGUUAGAUGUACCUCACUCUGUUAAUAAAAGAUAUAGUCAUUCUCUCUCAGUGUUCAUUAUGAGUCCUCAUUGUGUCUGGAUAAUAUCUGUUGGAGGAGCUAUUGAUAGAAACUUCACAUAUGUUCUUAAUCCUAACACUGUUAUGCAAACUGAACUAGUUCUGAAAAGUAAAGGAGAGUGGACAGUAGGUGAUACAUUUGAUACAAAUGACAUGACUGGUGAGUACUGCAAGAUUAAGUAUCAGCAGCAACUACAAACAGGAAGAAAAAUAUGGUUGGAGGAGUACCAGAAACCAAUAAAAGGAGAUACAGCUGAUACUGAGCAAACCGUACAAGCUCUUAUGAAGAGUCUUGAAGUGAAGGAGAGAGAAUUGCAAAAAAAGGAGAAUGAAAAAGAGAAAGAAGUAAAACUAUUUCAUUGGCAAAUGGAGCAAAAGGAAAAAGAAGAAGCAGAGAAAGAUCAAGAAAUAAGAAGAUAUAGUCAACAGCUACAAGAGAAGGAUAGGGAGGAGGCAGAGAGAGAGGAGAGAUAUCAUAACCAGUUACAAGAGAAGGAUAGGGAGCUACAGGAGAAGGAUAUGGAGCUACAGGAGAAGGAUAGGGAGCAUCAGGUAGUACUGCUGGAGCUACAGGAGGCACUACAACAAAAGGAUAUCGUGAUACUUGAGAAAGAUAAGGAGCUACAGGUCAAGGAUAAAGAGGUAAGGAAGAGGCAUAAAAAGCUAAAGGAAAAGAACAGGGAGCUGGAGGCACUACAGGAAGAUAUACUUCAGCUAGGAGUGCUACAGGAGAAGGAUAGGGAGCUGCAGGAGAAAGAUAGAGAGCUAAAGGAGAAAGAUAGAGAGCUACAGGAGAAAGAUAGAAAGCUACAGGAGAAAGAUAGGGAGCAUCAAGUGGCACUGCAGGAGAAGGAUAGGGAGCUAUGUCAGUCUCAAGAUGCAGUUCAUAGGUACCAGCAACAAGCACUUACUGAUGAUCACUGGGUUAUUGAUAAAGAUGAAGUGAUUUUGACAAAGGAGGAGUUAGGACGAGGAUCUUAUGGCGUCGUUACAGUUGGUAUUUUUAGAGGUUUAAGAGUAGCUGUCAAGUCACUUCAUAAUAUCAUCAUUUCAAAAUAUAAUCUAGGUAUCUUCUCCAGGGAAAUGAGUAUAGCAUCACGAGUACGUCAUCCUAACCUGGUCCAGUUUAUUGGUGCAACUAAAGUGGGUAAUCUUCUCAUCUUGACUGAGCUGAUGAGCACUAGUCUUAAUCAGGAGAUUCGAGAGAAUGAGUUAACAAAGCAGCAGAUUAUCAGUAUUGCUCAGGAUGUAGCUUUAGGCCUCAACUACCUUCACCUGUUUAAGCCUCAUCCUAUUAUUCACAGAGAUGUGAGCAGUCCUAACGUAUUAUUAAAGCCUUCCACUGGAGCUGCUGGUUAUGAAGCUAAAGUAGCAGAUUAUGGUACAGCUAAAGUAGUGCAAGCUGAAAGUACUGGUACUGUUAUGCCAGGCAAUCCAGCAUAUUCUGCACCAGAAGCUCGUGAUCCUGAUCAACACAGUCCAGCAAUGGAUGUCUACAGUUACUCUGUUCUCCUUAUGGAAAUGAAUUUACAUUCUAAACCAGAAAUGACAAUUGAAGAAAGGGCACGACAGUCUGAUUCUGUAUCUUGGUCUGAUAUGAAGUCUCUCAUACAAAGAGGACUUAAAGCUGAUCCUAGAGCUCGUCCUACUAUGGCUCAAGUAGUAGAGUCAUUGAAAAGGAUGAAGAUUUGA